AUGCUGCGGAUCGGGAAGAGCAUGCGCUGGAUCGGGCAGAGCAUGCGCUGGAUCGGGCAGAGCAUGCGCUGGAUCGGGAAGAGCAUGCGCUGGAUCGGGAAGAGCAUGCGCUGGAUCGGGCAGAGCAUGCGCUGGAUCGGGAAGAGCAUGCGCUGGAUCGGGAAGAGCAUGCGCUGGAUCGGGCAGAGCAUGCGCUGGAUCGGGCAGAGCAUGCGCUGGAUCGGGAAGAGCAUGCGCUGGAUCGGGAAGAGCAUGCGCUGGAUCGGGAAGAGCAUGCGCUGGAUCGGGCAGAGCAUGCGCUGGAUCGGGAAGAGCAUGCGCUGGAUUGGGCAGAGCAUGCGCUGGAUUGGGCAGAGCAUGCGCUGGAUCGGGCAGAGCAUGCGCUGGAUCGGGAAGAGCAUGCGCUGGAUCGGGCAGAGCAUGCGCUGGAUCAGGAAGAGCAUGCGCUGGAUCGGGAAGAGCAUGCGCUGGAUCGGGCAGAGCAUGCGCUGGAUCGGGCAGAGCAUGCGCUGGAUCGGGAAGAGCAUGCGCUGGAUCGGGAAGAGCAUGCACUGGAUCGGGCAGAGCAUGCGCUGGAUCGGGCAGAGCAUGCACUGGAUCGGGCAGAGCAUGCACUGGAUCGGGCAGAGCAUGCACUGGAUCGGGCAGAGCAUGCGCUGA